AUGACUACAGACGGCACCUCCGGCAUCUCAGUCGAGCGCCUUGACUGGAACAACUACCCAGCAUGGGCAGCCAACAUGAAGUUCUUCCUCACCACCAAGAAAUGCUGGCACAUGGUCAUCCACACCGAGCCUGCAGCCAACGCUGAAGACCGCAAGGCAGACGAGCUCGCCCUCUCCUACAUCGGCCUGUGCGUCAAGCCGGUACACCAGCCCACCAUCCUGCGCUGCACUACGUCCAACCAAGCCUGGACCACUCUGCAAGAAACCUUCGCCGCCAAGACCUUCGCGCGCAAGCUGCAGCUGCGCCGAGACCUCAACUCGCUCAAGAUGUGUUGA